AUGGCAGACGCCAAAAGAUCACUGUUGCAGGCACUCGAGUCCGAUAAAGAGAAUCAAAUACGAUUACUGCAAUCCUUCGUCCAGGCGGCCUCCCCAAACCCUCCGGGAAAUACAGAAGCAGCGGCUGCAGUCCUUACCAACUACUUAGCCAGCAAAGGCAUCCCCUUCGAGAUCAUCGAGCCCCAGACGGGCUGUCCUAAUAUCGUCAGUGAGUUCCAAGGAGGCAAAGGUUCAGGGCCUCGUGUUGUCCUGAACGGCCACAUCGAUGUGUUUCCCGUAGGUAAUACGACGGGAUGGACACGCGAUCCUUACUCGGGUGAUAUUAGUGAUGGCCGCAUUCAUGGGCGAGGCGUUGUGGACAUGAAGUCUGGCACAGCGUCUCUAGUGAUAGCGUACGCUUUUCUAUAUGAGCGCAGGGAAUUUUUGAAAGGAAGCGUUGCUCUUUGUGCUGUCUCCGAUGAAGAGACGGGAGGACAUUGGGGCACCCAGUAUCUCAUCAAGCACGAUCGUGCGCGGUGGGGAGGGGAUGUGAUGCUCAGCGCUGAGCCGACUGGUCAGACUAUUCGGUUUUCUGAAAAGGGGACGUUGCGACUUUCGGGGACGGUGAUGACCAAGGGGGCCCACGGGGCGUACCUGAAUCUGAGUAAGGGAGCCAUCCGCACUGCGACUGGGUUCCUCGCCGAUGCGAUAGAAGCGGUUGAAUCCCUGAAUGUCAGUGCACAGCCUGAAAUCGCCGCUCAUCUGCACAAUCCCGAAACGCUGGCUAUUAUCGAUCAAGCUAUGGGUCCGGGGACAUCGACCAUUAUCGCCCGACCGACAGUCAACAUUGGCACGAUCAAGGGUGGAAUGAAAGUCAACAUGAUUCCAGACACCUGCCAGUUCGAGUUGGAUAUCCGACUGCCUGUCGGGUUGACAGCGGAGGAAGUUAUUGCGGUGCUGGAUUCAAUCAAGCAACAGUACUCGAAUGCAACAAUCACGCUCAGGAAGCAGGAGGCUGCGAGCAAUCCGAGCAGCUUUUCUCCAAUUGAUCACCCCAUGAUCAGAUGUCUCGAGAACAGUGUUCAUCUUGUUGGGGGCUCCCUCCCCGUGGCUAUUCCAUCCAUGGGCGCUACCGAUUGCAAGCAUUACCGAUACGCUGGCGUGCCAGCUGGCCUCCGCUAA